AUGUGGAAGAGGGGACCAUUAACUCUACAAUCUAAAGAGCAUGAUAUACGUUACAAUGUGGAAGUUGCAAGAAACAUACAAGAUAUAAAUACAUAUAAAGAACAUUUUAGUACCUGGUGUUUUGCUGAUCCUCAUGGUAGUUGGCAUGCCUGCAAGCUUGGUAUAGAGAAUUGUUCUUCAUCUCAGCUUGAAAUGAUGCAAGGAUUUAGAAAUGAGUUUCUAGCUGCACUUCCAGAAGUUGGAAACUCAACAUCAAGAGGCUUGUUCAUAAAUUCGUGUUAUAUCCAUUGUCAAACAGAGAGGCAGGAAACCUGGUUUAGAGCUGAUUCUCCUGUACUCGAAAAUACUCCAAUUGCAAAGGUAGUAGGCAACUGGUUUUACGAUAGAAGUCCUUUUCAGAAGAUCGACUGUCCAUAUCCUUGCGAUACUUCGUGUCAACAUAUACCUGAACCAAAAUCAGAAGGAUAG